AUGGAUCCAAUACGUAACAAUAUGGUAAAUCUACCAAUUUGGAUUAAAACAAUACCUGUUAAAAAUAUUAUGCCUCUUUCAUUAAAAAAUAUUACUUUAAAUUCCCAAAGUAACAAAUACAAUGUAAUUAUUCAAGACAAUGAUUAUAAUUUAGAAAAUAUAAACAAUAGUGAUGAGGAAAUAAUAAAGAUAUAUUUAGAUAAAUAUAGAGAUGAAAUAUCCAAGUAUAUUUUAAUGAGUAGAUCUUCUAAUAUAAAAAAUAUUAAUGAGAAAAUAAAAAGAGUGAAUUUAGAUAAAGAGGAUAUAGAUUUUGUAAAUAAUAAUGAAAUACUUGUCCAAUCUGAGUUUACUGGAGAAAAGUUAUUAAUACCAAAAAAAUAUUUUAAUAAAUAUAAUAUAAUGAAUAUUAACUUAAUUAAUAAUGUUAAAUCAGAAGAUGAGAUUAUUUCAUAUUUGGAUAUUGUAGGUAUAUCCCUAUAUGAACAUUUAAGUAAUUCAUUUAAUCCACUAUUAGAAGAAUUGAAAAAUUUAAAAUUACUUGAAGAAUCUCUAAAUGAUUUAUUAAAUAUUCUUUUAAAUAAUAAAGAAGAUAAUUCAAAUAAUAUAAAGGGAGUCUAUAGUGAAUUAUCAUUUGAUUUAUUUAUAAAUAAUAAUAAGGAUAUUAUAGAUAUUAAUAAUAGUAUGAUUAAUACAAAAUCAGUAAAACAGAGAAAAGUUGUUAAUUUUAGAGGAUCAAGUUACAAGAUAAUUGACAUAUUUUAUAAAUUACUUAUUAAGAAAAGAAUUGUUGAAACAAUUAAGAAGUUGAAAAUUAUGUCUAAAUUAAGAAAAACACAAAAUAUCUUACAAGUAUUACUAAAUAAUAAACAAUAUGAUGAAGCAAAUAGUUUAAUUGAUUAUACUUUAGAUAUCCUAAGUAAACAAAUGGAUGGGAUAAUAUCUUUAAAUACAUUAUCUAGCCAAUUAAUGGAGAUAUAUUCAGUAAUUGAUAAAAUAUCAGCUCAAGAUUUUAUUUCUAUGACUUUAAUUUGGAUUGAAUAUCCUUUAAAUAGUUUAAUAUUAGGGAAUAUCGAUGAAAAUUCCUUUAUACAUAUAUUAUCUCAAUUAAAAUAUAUUUGGAAAUUAAUUAUAGAUGAUGAGCAAGAAAUAGAAUAUGAGAUACAAAAGAUAAGAAAUAUAUUAGAUAAAGUAGAAAUGAAAAAAAAAGAACCAAUAGAAUAUUUAAAUAUUGAUAAAUUAGAUGAGAAUUUUGAUGGAAAUUGUAAUAUUUCGGAUUUAUCAGUAUUUUCUAAUAAUAAUAAUAAUAAUAGAAUAAAAGAAAAGAUUUUGGAUAUAAAGAGAUUAUCUAAUAAUAUAAAAUGGUUAGAUAGAAUUUAUGAUACUAUAAUAAAAUUAGAUUUGGAUUUAUAUAUGAGAUUUUCAAAUGAAUUAAAUGAAGAUUUAAUAAAGGAAUUUUUAUCUAAGAAAUAUUUUUUAAUUGAUAUGAAAAAUACUUUAUUUCAUCCUAUUAUAGCAUUAUUAAAAAGAGGACGUAUUGCAUUGGCAUUAGAUGAUUUAGAUACUAAUCUUAAUCAAUUAUUAGAUAAAAUAAUAAAUAAUUUAUUAUCUGAAUGUAAUGAUUUGGAUUAUAUGAACUUUAAAUUAGAAGAGAAUUUAAAUAAAGAGGAGAUUUCAGAGAUUUUAAAAGAAGAUAUCAAAAUAAUUAGAGGUUUUAAUUAUUCUUUAUUUAUUACUCAACGUUUAUCUAUGUUUGCAAUGAUGAUUAUUAUAAUAUAUUUAAAUCUUGUAAAUAGAAAUGAUAUACCUCAGAUUAUAAUCAAUAAAUCUAUUCAACAAGUUCAUAUCCCAAUUAAACAAUGGUUAGAACAGAAUAUUACAAGAAUUUUUUAUAAUUUUAUAAAUUUAGUGGGAUUUUCAACAAAGAGAAUGAAUAAAUAUUUUAUAGAUGAUAAAUAUUUAAAUAUUAUUAAUAUAAGUUCUUUAUAUUGGAUAUCUGUUAAAUCAAUGUGUUCCUUAUAUAAAAUACAAGAAACUAUUACAAAUACAUGGCUAUUAAAUAUUCAAGAUCAAAUAAAGAAAUCAUCAAUAAAACAAAAUAAUGAUAUAUAUGAUUAUAAUAAUUCUAAUGAUUCAAUAAUAAAUUUAAGAAUGUUUGAAAGAGUAUGUAGUGAAGUUAGAAUACAACUUUAUACACUUUAUCGUAGUGAAUUUGAAGAUUUAUAUAAAAUAGCAUGGGAUAAUUUAUUACAAAGUAUAAAUAGUGAAAUAUGGGAAAGAAAUAAUUUAUAUCAACGUUACAAAAAAGUAUUUCAAUUAUUUUUAACAGGAGAAUUAGGGAAUGAAAAAUCUAUUUCUAUAUCUAAUUAUAGUAUUAUAUAUAAAGAUAUACAAUUUAGUAUUUCUUCUUGUUGCUUGGAUUGUAUUGAAACUGUAGCUUAUAUUAUAAAAUUUAUACAUUGUAUACCUUUGAUAUCACCUGAAGGAAUAUCAAGGUUAUCUAAAUUAUUAAGGAAUUAUUUAAAUACCUGUUUUAACUAUAUUGUAAAGGGAGAAGCUGUUAAGAAGGGAUAUUUGAAAAAGAUUAGUGUAUAUAAUUUAGCUAUUUGUGGUCAAGAUAUAUACUUUUGGUCAAUUGCUAUAUCUAAUAUAAGUGAACAUAUUGUUAAACUUCUUACAAAUAGAGAUUUAUUUUAUUCUAAAAAAAUAUUAAAUAAGUCUGAUAAUGAUUCUGUUUAUUCUAAGAAUAAUGGAUGUAAUGUUUCAAUAUUAUUGGGAUUAGAGUCUUUAGUAUCUAAGGAAACUCUUAUUUAUGAAAUAGAAAAUAUUGUACAAGAAUCAAUCUCUCUUAAACGCCAAGUUUUUUAUAAAAUUAGUGAUAUACUUAUUGAAAGAUUUUCUUUUUGUUUAAUAAAUUGGAUUAAUGAUACUAGUCAAAAUAUAGAUAAUUUUGAAUUCACAGAUAAUCUUAUUUCUAGUUUGGUAAAUAUACAUGUAGCUCAUAAUUCAACUAUACAAUUUAUAAAAGACACUCAAAAUUUAUAUAAAACUCUUAAUAAAUAUUUAAAAAUGUAUGAUGUUAUAAAAGAUAUUUUACAGCGAUCUUUUACUGGAUUUGUUGAAGAAUGGACUAACUACUUAAAUAAUCAUGAAUUUGUGAAAAGAAAUUAUCACUUAAUAUUAUUAGAUUUACUUUAUAUACAUAACAGUAUGAAGAAAUUAUUUAAGAAUAAAUUAGAUAACUCAGACAAUAUUAUGGAUUGUAAUUUUGUACUUGAAUUAAUAAAAUACUUAAGUAUCAAAUUAAAUAUUGAUACUACAAAUUUAGGAGAUAAUUCAAAUAAUUCAAUUACAGGAUCUGAAAGAAGUAAUAUUUUAAUAUUUAAAUAUAUUGAAGAUAUAAUAUUAGAAAUUCCAAAAUAA